GUAUAGCGUAUUGUGCACAUAUGCACGUAUUGCACAGAUUCAGAUCGUAUGCUUGUUGCCGUUACCGUUUUGGAGCAAUGUCAACUGAAAGUGCGAGGACUAAUUUAGAGCUCCACUACCAUGGCUUUCCCUGUUGUGCUAAUGCGUAACACCAGUAGCACUGUUAGGGGUUAUUUAUGCAGAUGCUUCUCUCGAUCGCCUGGUGUAUUCCAGGGGGCAGUUGAUUAUGGCACUGUGGAGGUGGCCGAGGCCCGGGCAUUCAUGGAGAGGUGUAUGGUUGCUACAGGGGUUACCUCCGCCCAUGCCUCGGUCCUAGCUGAAGUCCUGGCCUGCGCUGACCACAGAGGGCACUAUAGUCAUGGGAUGAACCGCUUAGAAAUGUAUGUAAAGGAUAUAAAGAGUGGUAUCACGGAGAAGGAGGGAGAGCCUAGCAUCUUAAAGGAGUUGGCCGGUACUGCCUGGGUUGAUGGAAAUAACUUACUAGGUCCGGUCGUGGGGAAGUUCUGCAUGGAUCUUGCCAUAAAGAAGGCAAAAGACGCUGGCAUUGGAUGGGUGGUAGCAAAAGGAUCCAACCAUUACGGUAUAGCAGGAUGGUACACCUUGAGAGCCAUAGAGGCAGGGAUGAUCGGCCUGAGCACCACCAACACCUCACCGCUUGUGGUGCCUACCAGAGCACGAGAGCCAAUGUUUGGAACCAACCCUAUAUCUUGCGGUGCACCGGCCCAGAAUGAUGAUAGUUACGUACUGGAUAUGGCCACUUCCACUGUCGCAUUGGGGAAGAUAGAAUUGAAUGCAGUGAAGAAGAUUCCCAUCCCUAAUGGCUGGGGAUGUGACGCAUCCGGUGUGCAAUCUAAUGACCCUAAAGCUGUUUUAACAGGAGGAGGUUUGUUGCCUCUAGGAGGGUCAGAGAUAGCAGGAGGAUAUAAGGGCUAUGGUCUUGCUAUGAUGGUGGAGGUCCUGAGUGGGGUCUUGGGCGGGGGUGCGUUUGGACCCAACGUCAGAAAAUGGAAGACCAGUGACACAGUAGCAAACCUGGGCCAGAUAUUUGUAGCAAUUAACCCAGAGGCCUUUGCGCCAGGCUUCGAAGGAAGAAUGAGCUCACUCAUGGGGAUGUGUCGAAGUGCUGAACCAGCAGAGGGAGAAACAGAGGUGCUUGUUGCUGGGGACAAAGCGAGGAAGAAUAUUGCAAAGGUUGAGAAAGAUGAAGGGCUGAGAUACCACAACAAUCUACUCAAGAAUAUGGAUGAUUUAGCGACGAGCCUGGGAGUGGAAGCCAUCAAGCAGAAAUAGACGUCUAAAACAUCUUAGUUUUGUCAUGAUAUUGCCAACAAAUUUGCAAUAUUAAACUCAACCCCUUUAAUAUGCAAUUCAAUGAAAUUUAUUUUCAAGUGGAACAAAAAGUGUGGUCUUUAUAGGCAGGUAGUCUUCUAAUACAGGUGGUUGAAGCCCAAAAAUGUGUCCAAGUAAAUAAGAAUUAGUGAUAUGAAAAACUAUUAUUCUUGAUAUCAUUGAGGAACAUGGAUGCAGCACAGGUAUGCCAAUAUUCAAACUUGAAAAUAUGAAUUUUUGUUUAGCCUUGGUUUCCACCAGAAGUCGAUGUGCUAUUUCUUGCACAAAUGAAUUUGUGUGUGGUUUUUCUUUUGAAAAAUCGCGAUAAAAUUUCCUACCGGCAGUCUAAUAUUUUACCGUAGUUGUCCAUUUUGUUCAUGUGUCAGCACUGUACGUUUUAAUUUUCCAUCAAAUCAUGGCUAUGUUCCUUUCAAAGAUGAUACAUUGUUUUAUGAGAUUUUUAUCAGAUUGUAUAUUGGCCUUAAUAACAGAAUCCUGUUGUAUGGCCUUAUAAUUAUGUUUUGUCAAUCAAAGUUUGAAGUAUUCAAUUUGUUUCCAUAUCACAUUCUGCUCAUUGUUUUGAAAAUACAAAGUAUCUUUGUGAAAACUCAGGCCUUUUUACGCAUCAAGAAAAUACAAGUAUAACUGUGUUUCAAAAUCCUUUGUCGUUAAGGUACUAUUAAAUAUUUGUUGUAAAUGAAAGCUAUUGAAUAGCGUAUUAAUCUAUCUUAAACUGCCCGAAAAUGCAUUUUUUGAGAAAUUUGCCUCUUUGGAAUUUCUUAGUUUUAUGGAUGGUUUUGUAAAGAUAGACUUUUCCUCCAAAUUGCUAGUUUUUACCGGAUAUCUGGACAUUACAAACACCCAUUUUUUUUUUAUCAAACAUGUAGACGAACAAUAUUAAAUAAUACCUUUCUUAGAGGGCUUUUUCAGGCAUCGUACAGCAGGCAUAUUUCUAUAUCCAACAUUCUGUUCAAUAACAUGUAAUUUUGGCAAUCAGGGGUAAUUUGGUGAUCGUGAAAAUUUGUAAAGAAUGCCAUAUACAUUUAUAAUGUAUAUAUUAUGAUAUACUUUGCUGUGUUUUGAGAUUUUGUGGUAUAAAAUCAUGUCAUAUGUAUACCAUUUUAAUGCGUGUGUUUAAUUCAAAAUGUAUGUAUUAUCAUGUUUGGGAUAUCAUCGGUCACAAAGUGACUAUAUAUAGUGAUUUUCAUGUAUAGAAUACAUGUAGAUCAAAAGUUUAACAAGAGUUUAAAGAUACCAACACUGAAAUUUUAUAAACAUUAUAUUGAUAAUACAACACUGUAUGUUGCCCAUAAAGUUAGAAUAAUUUUUUCUUACAUUUUUCAUGAAAUGAUGACAAUACGAUAUCUUCAUGAUAGUUCUGAGAAGAUAUCAACUUUAUUCAUCCAGAAGAAGUUCUUUCCUCACAUUCACUUUUCAAAAAAGAGGUUAGUAAAAUUAUUCAAAUUUUAUGGGUGCCAGUCUAGAUACUUAUGAAAUAGAGAAAUUAUAUUUAAAUGUAUGUGAUAUAUUGAAUAACGCAUUUAUGUUCACACUGAUGACAUAUAGAUGAAUUUACAUUUCAUAGAAAAACUGUGAAAAGAAUAUAAAACUUGCCGUUAUCAUUUCGUUUAAAUGAGUCAUGACGCACAAGACAGUACUUGUGAGUUGGGAAAUGGACGAUUCUGUUAUGAUUAUUUCAUAAUUUGGAGUAAUUUUGGGCUGUAGUUUUGUGCAUUUGUACACUACAACAGUGUCUUUUAAAAAAUUUCUUUAUAUAUAACUGGAAAUUGAGCUAAACCGUUUUGAAUUGUAUGCUUUGGGUCUUGUUAAGAAAUUAAUCAAAUAAAUGAUUGCUAAUAUAAACAGAUUUUAAUAUUAAA